AUGCAUGUCCCUCUCCUCCUGCAGGGACGCUCCGGCGACGUGUCUCCUAUCAAGGCAGCCUCGCAAAAUCAAAUUAUCGACGCCCUGCCGUCAUGGAGAAUGGCUAUGAGCCACUCCAAGUACCACUCCCAGUCAAUGGGGCGGAUAUCUAUCGUGAGGUCCCGUAGUUUCAGCAUGUGGCUGUUGAGGUUCAUGAAUUAUCUGGCUCGGGAAGAUGUGGCCGAAAAGAGUGAUCAGAGGAAGAAGAUACUGGAACAACGACAAAGAGCACCCAGUGCGGUCGCAGAGAUUGAGUCAUUCAACGUUGGAAGCGUUGUGCCAGACGGCACGAUAUUGGGCACCUUGUCGGCCAUAGUGAUUCCUUGGAUCUAUGUUCGUGAUUUUUCCAACGUCGUCGAAUUCAUGGCCAAAGAACGUCGCAUAGAGCGAGGAUACGUUCGCAAGAGCGGAAACGAGGCCAUCGGCGGUAACGAGAUACAGUUGUUGAAACCGAUCCGCGUGGAUAACGAUAAUUUCGAGGAACUCAUCAUGAGCGCCGUCAAGUUUUCUGCUAUCCGUGGUGUAGCAGAUUGGUGGGACUAUGGCAGCCAUGCGGCAAACUUGGACAGAGCUAAUGGCGGUGUCGUUCCAUCGACGGGGAACCAGAAGAAGAGCGAGGAGUCCAAGACGCAGUGCGGGUAUUAG